AGGUUUUCCCUACAGAGAGGGUCCAUUAACAUGUAAGUCAAUGGAAAAAUAUUCGGUUCUUUUGAAAAGCAUUCCUUGUUCAUAGGUUUUCCCUACAGAGAGGUAUUCCAUCGGACAGGUUUUACUGUAGUUGCAAAUUCUAAUAUGUAGUAUCUGUAGUUUGGUAUAUUGAAACCUUUUGCAUAUAUGCAUUAUCUUUCCAUAUGACAAGAAGGCAGAGAAUGAACCUGAUGGACAAAAAUGGAUAAAUACUCAGAACAUGUUAAACUAUGAUGUAUCCCCUUUUCGGGAACCGAGUACUGAGGACAUAUCCCUUGUGUUUUAUAACAGAGUCCCAAAAUGUGGAUCAUCGACUCUUGAGCACAUUCUUUACUAUGUUUCCAACGUAAAUAACUUUAGAUAUUCAGAGUGUGGUGAUUACAGACACUGGAGGUUGAACAAUAAUGAUUACAUAGCGUUUAUCAGAUCACUCACUGUGCUCAGUAGGCCAUUUGUUAUAGAUAGACAUUUAUUUUAUGUUAAAUGUACAGAUAUAAAAAAUGAUGUGGCAUCCACUGAAAGGGAAAGAAAACUUAAGGAGCCUAUCUAUAUUAACAUGGUACGUGAUCCAGUGGAGCAAGCCAUAUCAAAUUAUUACUAUGAUCGCCUGGAUGGUAUGUCACGAAAAAACUUCUCCGAAAAAGAAAAAAAGAAAACAAUUGAGGAAUGCUUAGCAGGGGCAUCAUCGGGGCAGGAUUUGGCAAGUUGCGGACUGAAUAUGAAUCUCUAUGCUCAGUGGUUUUGUGGACACUCCGAUGACUGUCUAUAUAACAUCACAUACGCAGUUGAGACUGCCAUCUAUAAUAUUGACAGUGCAUACACAUUCAUUGGCAUAACUGAGCACUUUGAGCUUUCCCUAAAAGCCUUUGAGAAGUUGUUGCCAAGAUAUUUCAAUGGCUCUGUUGCUAAGUAUCAAACAAGGAUACGAAAGAAAGUGACAUCAAAUAAAGUAGAACCAUCUCCAUACAUUAAAGGCCUACUGAAACAAUAUUUGCAUCCAUCAUACAUUGUGUAUAAUCAUAUAAAGAAAAAGUUUGAUGCAACUAUUGCUAAGCUUGGAAUACCUGUAGAUGUGUGAUGAAAUGAUGUACAUUGACAUCUUACAAGGAAGUGAUAUACAUAAUGUGAUAUGCAUAGUGCAUUGAUAUAUGUUGUGAUAUGCAUUGGCAUCUUGGAAUACAGGAACAAUGUAUGAUUUUAAGAAGACAUUUCAUAUAAUGAAAUAUGUCAAUGACAUCUUGGAAUAUACUGACAUCAUGGAAUUAAAUCAUAUUGUAACAGUUUGGCCUAUUUUUGUGGAUAUACGUGGUAGCGUGGCUAAUAAUAGGCCCACUGUUUAGUAAACGGUGUUUACUUGGUGAGUUACACGGCACACGUUAAAUGUGCUAUUGUCCCUAAAGAAUUAAACAGACAUAUACAAUUAAAUAUAAAUAUAAAACAGUAUAUUGUGGCGUUUAUAAGCCCAAAUAAAGAUGUACAUUAAAUGUCAAGUAUGAAGGUUAAAAUGCUACGAUAUUAUUAUCUCUCUCAAAACUCACAACUCAAAA